GGCUCGCCCUACCGCAUAUCGGUUCCCGUCCCCCAUCCGCCCGCCCGCCCGCCAUGUCGCUCGCCGUGGCCACUCCCACCACCACCAGCGCCAUCUCGCCCCUCCUCUCGUCCUCCUCCGAUCCCCGCCGCCGAGCCCUCACCGCCUCUCCUCCCCGACGCACACGCCUCACCGUCGUCGCCUCCGUCCCCGACCCCGCAGCGCGGCCGGCCGAGUACACGCCCUGGCUCAUCGCCGGCCUCGGCAACCCCGGGGGCAAGUACCACGGCACGCGACACAACGUGGGGUUUGAGAUGGUGGAUCGCAUCGCGCAGGUCGAAGGGAUCGUGAUGAACACGAUACAGUCAAAGUCUCUGCUCGGAGUAGGUUCAAUUGGGGAGGUGCCAGUGUUGCUGGUAAAGCCACAAUCAUACAUGAAUUACUGUGGCGAAGCAAUUGGACCGCUUGCUGCCUAUUACCAAGUACCGCUGCGACACAUCCUUGUGAUUUAUGAUGAGAUGAGUCUGCCCAAUGGUGUAUUGCGACUUCAAAGGAAAGGUGGUCAUGGCCGCCAUAAUGGCCUACAGAAUGUAAUUGAGCAUUUGGAUGGCUGCCGGGAAUUUCCUCGUUUAUCUAUAGGUAUUGGUAGCCCACCUGGCAAAAUGGACACUCGGGCUUUUCUUCUGCAGAAGUUCAGUUCAGAGGAGCGAGUGCAGAUUGACAUUGCUCUGGAACAAGGGGUGGAUGCUGUGAGGACUCUUGUGCUGAAGGGUUUUAGUGGAAGUAUUGAGAGGUUCAAUCUGGUGCAAAAGUACAAGUUCAACAGGGUUUGACGAUUCUUUAGAUGCUUGCAUCUGUCAACUUUUGGAGGAUACAUGAAUACACAUCAAUAUUAUUGGAAGUUUGAUGUGGUAAUUUGCAUGACCUACUUAAGCGCACUAAGUUGCUACCAUGAUGUUAUGUAGUUUUGAGGAUGUUAAGGACUUACCAGGCUGUACAUAAGCUAGAGUUCUUCCACACAUUUUCCUAAAGAGAACUCAUGGUCUACGCAAACUGGAAAUGAAGUAGGUCAAUUUGAUGAAGGUCAUGUAAAAACACUGUGUACUUCUGUAGGAGUGUAUGUUAAUGACUAAUACAUCUGUGUCUGAUGUAGUCAUGUAAAGGAGGAAAUGUGGACUAUUCCAUCCUCCCUUUUCCUGAUUCCGUGAUUUUAUCCAUGCAAAUAAUUACUAUCCUUCCUUG